CCAGAGCUCCAGACUCCAGACUCCAGAUUAGACUCCAGCUUCGCGUCAGUCGCGUUCCGCCCGUCCUGGUCAGCGUACGCGUCGUGACGCUCCUCCGCGCGUCCGAUCAGUCGUCGCAUGCGGUGCCGGCUUCUCGUCUCGUCGUCAUCGUCUCUUUUUUCGUUCAUUUAGCACGUGUUCACGUCUUCUACGUGGUCCGUACGCGAGUGCGUGUUUUACGUUCGCGCAACUUUCGGAUCAUUUUUUCUUGUUUAUGCCACGACAAACGUUGCCCCAUCCGCCGUGGGACGACUCGCAUUAGAUAUCGAAUUUCCCAAUUGCCUCAUUCCGGAAAUCUUCCUCCCGAUCUCACGAGAUUCUCAAGAACGAAAAAUCGACUCUGAAAAAUCCUCAAUCAUGAACGGGAUAUCGAGUCAGUGCGCGAAGCUGAAGAUGUACGAUGACGAGGACGACAAGCCAAUAAUGAUUAAGAAGCCCUUACCACUGAAAACCAUUUCCUGGAGCGACAAUAUCGAGGAAAGCGAUCUGGACGUCCCCGGAACACCCAGAACACCACGUACAUCCACGACAAAAGGUCAUGAGAAGUGCAUGUUUCACCACGAUUUGGAGCUGGACCACCGACCGCCCACGCGAGAGGCCAUGUUACCGGAAAUGUCCCGAAGUUACAAGUUACUUUUGAGUUCGUUGGGUGAAGAUCCGGAGCGGCAGGGACUCUUGAAGACGCCAGAACGUGCCGCGAAGGCUAUGCUCUUCUUCACGAAGGGAUACGAUCAAAGCCUCGAAGACGUAAUUAACGACGCAGUAUUCGAUGAGGAUCAUGACGAGAUGGUGGUGGUAAAAGACAUCGAGAUGUUCUCCAUGUGCGAGCAUCACUUGGUACCGUUCUAUGGCAAAGUGUCGAUUGGUUAUUUACCCUGCAAGAAGAUUUUGGGUCUUAGUAAACUCGCCAGGAUCGUAGAGAUCUUUAGCAGACGUCUUCAAGUGCAGGAGCGACUCACGAAGCAAAUCGCGAUAGCAGUUACGAAGGUUGUGCAGCCUGCAGGAGUCGCCGUCGUGGUUGAAGGAGUGCACAUGUGCAUGGUGAUGAGAGGCGUGCAGAAGAUCAACAGCAAGACAGUGACCUCGACGAUGCUGGGCGUGUUCCGGGAUGAUCCGAAGACUCGCGAGGAGUUUCUGAAUCUGGUGCACAACAAGUAGACGUUCGAACGCGUCGCGGUAUCAUCGGCAUCACUGGCCGUGGGACCACUAAUUAAUUUAACAUUGCAUGAUACGCCGAUCGCGACCGCUGUUCCCCGACUGGCUUUAUCAUCCGAUUACUACCUCGUUACGAGGGCCUCGUCCAAGGGACUUGGUCGCCGCGAUACUUUCUCGCAUACAUUCCGUUUAUUUCCUAAGAAAGAAAAUAGUAUCUCGGCGACGGUUCUUGUGUUUCUGUCAUAAGCACGAUCGAGAAAAUUUAGGGCGAUCACUAUCCAAGUUGACCAAGCGCGAACGGAUAGUGACAUGCUUAACGCACGUCCCUCGCUGAUAAGGGCGCGCUUAAACUGCUAAUGUGAGUGACAUUGACAAUAGCGAUGAUGAUGACGCGUCACUGUCAUCUAUUAUCUAUGAAAAUGCUCGCGAAUUUUGAAAUUUUAAUGAUACGGAACUCGCGAGUUGUUUGUCGCAGAGCGAGCAGGACAACGACGUGGGACGUGUAAGUUCCGGUGUGAAGGGGCAGCAAAUAAAUAGCAAUUUUAUUGUGAAAACGUAUAAGUAUUCAACGCAAUAAAGAAUAUUGUAACGUAAAUAAAUCGCUGCUGGAUCAGCGAUAAUCCUGCCGAAAUAGUCUCCGUUCGCUGCUCCUUCAGUCGAGAAACCUUGUCGCUUACAAAGGAACGUUUUAGGAAAUUUGUCAUCGAAGACUCCCGGCCGGCAUAAAACUCGCACAUCCAAGAGUCGACGCGUUUUUCGUGACAAUAAAUUAUACACUCUAUAUAUUGUAUGUUAAUGAAGUUUUUCGGAGAGAUUGCGUUCGACUCUUUCGCCUGUUUAUGUCGAUCGCGCAAGCUUUCGAGAUUCAAUUUUAUUUCGUUUUCACGAUAUUCAGCAUUUUAUCGCAGAUUUUGCGAAACUUGACAGCCACGAGUUUUGCAUCAUUGCGUAAUCGCAAAAUCGUCCAUUUUUAUUAUACCAUAUGUAUAUCGUAUUUGGUAAUAGACGGAUUUUAUAAUUAUAAUGAGAAUUUAAACGAUAUUUUAAAAUUCAAAAUUGAGCGACGAUUAUUUUUCACGCACACAUUUUUUAAAGCUAAUCUUGGCUAAUAUUUUGGCAAUUUAUAUCCGAAGUUUAAAUUUAAAAAAAAAAUCUAUUUAGAAUUGAUUAGGAAAUAAAGUUUUGUUAUAUAUUUGUGGAACUCUCUAAAGCGUAUUUCGCGCUACAAUAUAUUUAAAAAAUGCGUUUAUAUAUUACCAAAUAUUUUAUAUAUAUAUAUUUUUAGGUGAGCAAUUGUUUUAUUGUAUUUUUAUUUGGAUGUAAAUUCAAAAAAAUUUGCAAAAAGAAUGUCGCGAAAUGCGCACUGCUUCAGCCAUGCACUGCGCAUCGUGACAAAUUCUAAUGAAAAAUAUUGUUUUCUAAGUGCACACCGUAUUUGCCUAACUCAUCUAUCGAGAUGAUUUCCGAGGAAAGUUAAAUUAUCCAUCUUUGAAGAGCAUUCUCGAUCAUCACUAUUUGCAUAUCACUAAACUAAAGCUGAUUCACUUUGCGUGUUUUGUAUUAAUUUUGCAAGUGAAAAUAUUAUUAUCGCAAAUUUAUGUGUUCACAUAUUCCGUAUUUAAAUUCACGCGUGUGAUUAUAUUCAUAAUUUAUAAGGAUAUUUUAUUUGUGGGGAUGUAAAGAUUUACGUAUAAAAGAUACAUUAUGUCGAUAAAUAGCACUUUACUUUGCGUACUUAUGGCUAGUCCAAGAGUAUCGCAUUACAUCGAAAAUUUUUAUUAUAUGUUUUAACAAUAUAAUAUAAUAAGAUAUGCAUUAGUUUAUAUUAUGCACAUAUCGAUUUUGUUAGAAUAUGUGAUUGGAAACUUCCUGCCUCAACAGAUAAAGUGACACGAGCUUCGGUAUAUAUUCUCCGGUAUAUUAUACUUUCUAAUACGAAAAAAGGUGGAAAGAAUAUUCACGUUAUUACUUAUGAGAAAGUGAUUGUUCAAUAUUUGUAAUAUUUUUCUGACGAUAUUACAUAAAGUGUUAUAUUUAUAUUUUC